UUCACCGCCGAUCUCCACAAGCACCCGGAGAUCCUCAAUGUCUCCGACAGCGAUGUUCUCCACAACUUCCUCAAUGGCAACUUCUCCCUGCCCAACGCCAGCGUCCUGCUCCAGCAGCUGGACACCAUCGACAACGCCGCCUGCGGCUGGGUCCACUUCAUGGCCAAGGUCAGCGUGGACAUCUUCAAAGGCUUCCCAGAUGAGGAGAGCAUCGUCAACUACACGCUCAACCAGGCUUACCAGGACAACGUCACGGUCUUUGCCAGUAUGUCCCCGAGAACCAGCCCCGUCGCAGGGAUCCCUGAAGCCGUGUCCCUCUCCAGCUGUGCCCCAGGCUGGGGACACUGGCUGCGGGAUCUGCCCACCUCCGCGGCCCCUCUGCCCGCUCAGCGUGGCCUCUCCUCCUCCCCAGACAUGAUGGAGCGCGCCCUCAUCAACACGUUCGUUGGGCAUGACGUGGUGGAGCCCGGCAACUAUGUGCAGAUGUUCCCGUACCCGUGUUACACCCGGGACGACUUCCUCUUCGUCAUCGAGCACAUGAUGCCCCUCUGCAUGGUGAUCUCCUGGGUCUACUCGGUGGCCAUGAUGAUCCAGCACAUUGUGACGGAGAAGGAGCAUCGCCUGAAGGAGGUGAUGAAGAUGAUGGGCUUGAACAACGCGGUGCAUUGGGUGGCUUGGUUCAUCACCGGCUUCGUCCAGCUCUCCAUCUCGGUGACGGCGCUCACCGCCAUCCUGAAGUACGGCAAGGUCCUGAUGCACAGCGACGUCCUCAUCAUCUGGCUCUUUCUCGCCAUCUACGCAGUGGCCACCAUCAUGUUCUGCUUCCUGGUGUCGGUGCUCUACUCCAAGGCCAAGCUGGCCUCUGCCUGCGGCGGCAUCAUCUAUUUCCUCAGCUACGUGCCCUACAUGUACGUGGCCAUCCGGGAGGAGGUGGCACAUGACAAGAUCACGGCCUUCGAGAAGUGCAUCGCGUCCCUCAUGUCCACCACGGCCUUCGGGCUGGGCUCCAAGUACUUUGCGCUGUACGAGGUGGCCGGUGUGGGCAUCCAGUGGCACACCUUCAGCCAGUCGCCCGUGGAAGGUGACGACUUCAACCUCCUGCUGUCCAUGAUGAUGCUGAUUGUGGAUGCUGUGGUGUACGGGGUGCUCACGUGGUACAUUGAGGCCGUGCACCCAGGGCAGUUCGAUAAAAUGAAGUCACCCUUCGAAUGGGACAUCGUGACGCGGGGGCUUGUUGCCAUGACAAUUGAAGGCUUCGUCGGCUUCUUCAUCACCAUCAUGUGCCAGUACAGCGGGAGGGGGGAGGCUGAGGAGAUGCGGGGCAUCGAGGAGGAGCCAACCCACCUCCCCCUGGUCGUCUGCAUCGACAAGCUCACCAAGAUCUACAAGACGGACAAGAAGCUGGCGCUGAACAAGCUGAGCCUCAACCUCUACGAGAACCAGGUGGUGUCCUUCCUGGGGCACAACGGCGCGGGCAAAACCACCACCAUGUCCAUCCUCACCGGCUUGUUCCCUCCGACCUCGGGCUCUGCUACCAUCUACAGCCAUGAUAUUCGGACGGAGAUGGACGAGAUCCGGAAGAACCUGGGCAUGUGUCCCCAGCACAACGUGCUCUUUGACAGGCUGACGGUGGAGGAGCACCUCUGGUUCUACUCGCAGCUCAAGAGCAUGGCGGAGGAGGAGAUCCGCAAGGAGAUGGACAAGAUGAUCGAGGACCUGGAGCUCUCCAACAAACGCCACUCCCUGGUGCAGACCCUCUCGGGGGGGAUGAAGAGGAAGCUGGCCGUGGGCCCCCCGCGGGCCGUGAUCUUGGACGAGCCCACGGCUGGCGUGGACCCGUACGCGCGCAGGGCCAUCUGGGACCUCAUCCUCAAGUACAAGCCAGGGAGGACCAUCCUGCUCUCCACACACCACAUGGACGAGGCCGACCUGCUGGGUGACCGCAUCGCCAUCAUCUCCCACGGCAAGCUCAAGUGCUGCGGCUCCCCGCUGUUCCUGAAGAGCACCUACGGCGAUGGCUACAAGCUGACGGUGGUGAAGAAGCAGUCGGACGCCAGGAAUGGCACAGGUCUGGGGGGCAAUGGGACCCCCUUGGCCCACUCCUCCGUCAGCCCCUGCUCCGAGCCCCGCGUCUCCCAGUUUAUCAAGAAAUACGUGGCCUCCUGCCUCCUCAUCUCGGACACCAACACCGAGCUCUCCUACAUCCUGCCCAGUGAGGCCGUCAAGAAGGGCUGCUUUGAGAGGCUCUUCCAGCACCUGGAGCAGAGCCUGGAGGAGCUGGACCUCACCAGCUUCGGGCUGAUGGACACCACGCUGGAGGAGGUCUUCCUGAAGGUGUCUGAGGAGGACCAGUCUCUGGAGAACAGCGACGUGGACAUGAAAGAGUCCAAGAAGGACGCGGUGGGGGGCAGCUCCUCACGGGGCCCCGUGUCCCCGCGCAGGUUUGGCGAUGGCUACAUGAUCACGGUGCGCACCAAGUCCAGCCUCAACGUCAAGGAGGUGGUGAGGUUCUUCAACCGCAACUUCCCCGAGGCCGUCCUCAAGCCCACGCCUCGGCGGGUGCACACCAAGUCCAGCCUCAACGUCAAGGAGGUGGUGAGGUUCUUCAACCGCAACUUCCCCGAGGCCGUCCUCAAGGAGCGGCACCACACCAAGGCCCAGUACCAGCUGAAGUCGGACCAGAUCUCGCUGGCGCAGGUCUUCAGCAAGAUGGAGCAAGCGCUGCCCGCCUUCUUGGUCUGCGUGGCCAUGACGGUGGCACUCUCCGUGCCCGAGAUCGGUGACCUGCCACCCCUCAUCCUCUCGCCGUCACAGUACCACAACUACACCCAGCCCAAGGGCAACUUCAUCCCUUACGCCAACGAGGAGCGGCGUGAGUACCGCAUCAGGCUGUCUCCUGACGCCAGCCCCCAGCAGCUGGUGAACACCUUCCACCUGCCCUCCGGCGUGGGGGCCACCUGCGUGCUCAAGACGGCCUUCAACAACACGCUGGACCAGCCCGUGCAGACCCUCAACCUCAACAGCAACGAGUCCAAGAUGCUGGCAGCCAAGUACUUCGACGCCAUGUGCAUCGACUCCUUCACCCAGGGCCUGCCGCUCUCCAACUUUGUGCCGCCGCCUCCAUCGCCAGCUCCCUCUGACUACCCCGUCUCGGUGGAUGAGGACCUCCUCCGUGCCUGGAACUCCACGAUCUUCUCCUCCGCUGUCAAAGGUAUCGCCUGCGCUUGGUGCCUGAGCCUGUCCGGGCUGGGGUUCAGCUCCAGCGGGGAGGUGAGACAUCUGCCCCACAGGAGCAGCUCCAGGGACCCCUCGAGUGCCCGUCACUUUGGGCUGGCCGCAGCAGAGCAUNNGCUCUACACCUCAGACCGCUUCCGGCUGCACAGGUACGGGGCACUCACCUUCGGCAACGUCCAGAAAUCCAUCCCGGCUUCCUUCGGGGCCAAGGCUCCUGCCACGGUGCGCAAGAUCGCCGUCCGGAGAACCGCCCAGGUCUUCUACAACAACAAGGGCUACCACAGCAUGCCCACCUACCUCAACGCUCUCAACAACGCCAUCCUGCGAGCCAACUUGCCCAAGAGCAAAGGCAACCCUGCUGCCUACGGCAUCACGGUCACCAACCACCCAAUGAACAAGACGAGUGCCAGCCUGUCCCUGGAUUAUCUCCUGCAAGGCACGGACGUGGUGAUUGCCAUCUUCAUCAUCGUGGCCAUGUCCUUCGUGCCAGCCAGCUUCGUGGUGUUCCUGGUGGCUGAAAAGGCCACCAAGGCCAAACACCUUCAGUUCGUGAGCGGCUGCGACCCCGUCAUCUACUGGUUGGCCAACUACGUGUGGGACAUGCUGAACUACCUGGUGCCAGCCACGUGCUGCAUCAUCAUCCUGUUCGUGUUCGACCUCCCGGCAUACACCUCUCCCACCAACUUCCCCGCCGUCCUCUCCCUCUUCCUGCUCUACGGCUGGUCCAUCACCCCCAUCAUGUACCCUGCUUCCUUCUGGUUCGAGGUGCCCAGCUCCGCCUACGUCUUCCUCAUUGUCAUCAACCUCUUCAUCGGCAUCACGGCCACCGUUGCCACGUUCUUGCUGCAGCUCUUUGAGCACGACAAGGAUCUGAAGGUGGUGAACAGCUACCUGAAGAGCUGCUUCCUGGUGUUCCCAAACUACAACCUGGGCCACGGCUUGAUGGAGAUGGCCUACAACGAGUACAUCAACGAAUACUACGCCAAGAUCGGUCUGGUGGCAGAAAGAUGCCCCAGGUCUGAGCGCCCAAAUCCCGAGCCUGCUCCGGGGUCCGUCCCUGAGUAG